ACACAACAGUUUCCUCAUACCACAUCUCCUUUUCCAGUAAUUGGCUUUUCAAGAAAGGAAAGAAAACAAAAAACUAAUGCUCAAGAUUCUGAAUACGUGCCUAUAUGUUGUUUGACUUGUCUUCUACAUGAAUGAACCGCUUUCGCAAUUCCAUCGAGAAGUUCAUUAUUGCUGAUCGACCCAUUUUUCAAGAACGUGAGCUAUGAUAAUGUCGUGGACGGUCUCUCUAUGGCUGUUUCUUUUGUUCUCGUCGUUCUUUUCUUGCAUGAGUGCUUCCGAGGCCAAUCAGAAAUCUGCGAGAGCCGUUGCACGUAAUGGCGUUGUGGCCACGGAUCACGGACAAUGCUCGACAAUAGGGAGGGACAUUCUUCGCAAAGGUGGACAUGCGGUUGAUGCUGCUGUGGCUGCUGCCCUCUGCCUAGGCGUGGUCAGCCCUGCAUCUAGCGGCAUCGGUGGUGGGGCAUUUAUGCUGGUCCGAUCCACUGAUAGCAAGACGGAAGCAUAUGAUAUGAGAGAAACGGCUCCAGCGCUGGCUUUUGAGAACAUGUAUGCAGGAAAUGCUGCUCUGAAAGCUAAUGGUGUCCUCUCGGUAGCAGUUCCAGGCGAACUCGCAGGCCUUCACUAUGCUUGGAAAAAAUACGGGAGGAUUCCAUGGAAGAGACUCGUUAUGCCAGCAGCUCGCCUUGCCAAGAAUGGAUUCAAGAUUUCGCUGUAUCUCCAUAUGCAAAUGAUGAAAACAGAAUCGGGCAUCAGGGGUGACGAGGGCCUCCGCGGUGUAUUCACAUCAAACAGUAGUCUGCUGCAACCAGGAGAUAUCUGCUAUAACGAGCAACUUGCGAAAACAUUGAGAACGAUAUCAAGGCACGGCGCAAGAGCAUUAUACAAGGGACCGAUCGGAGUUAGACUAGUCGAGGAUGUUAAGAAGGCUGGAGGAAUCCUGACACUUGAAGACUUGCAGAACUACCAAGUUAAAGUUAGGGAACCGGUCUCAGUUGGUUUCAUGGGAGUCGAAAUAUUCAGCAUGCCUCCACCAUCGUCUGGAGGUGCUGCAAUGUCGCUUAUGCUAAACAUCUUGGCUCAGUAUAAAGACUUGUCUGAUAUCCCUGAUUCCCUUAUGACACACCGAGAAAUUGAAUCCUUGAAGAAUGCAUUCGCUGUGAGGAUGAACCUAGGUGAUCCGGACUAUGUCGACAUCAAGAAUGUCAUGAAAGAUAUGUUGUCAAAAGACUUUGCUGCAAGACUGAGGAAAUCUAUUUUUGACAAUACAACAUUUAAUGCGAGUCAUUAUGGUGGGAGGUGGAACCAGAUACAUGAUCAUGGUACCAGCCACAUUUCCAUAGUCGAUAGGGAACGGAAUGCUGUCUCCAUGACCACCACCAUCAAUGCCUAUUUUGGCUCUAAGUUCCUCUCUCCAAGAACGGGGAUACUUCUAAACAAUGAAAUGGACGAUUUCUCCAUGCCGGAAAACACUUCACAAAAUGUUCCACCUCCGGCGCCUGCCAACUUUAUACACCCGGGGAAAAGACCAUUGUCUUCCAUGACACCCGCAAUCGUCCUCAAGGGUGCAAAACUGAAAGCUGUUGCGGGUGCAAGCGGAGGGUCCCUGAUAAUAGCAGGCACAACAGAAGUUUUACUUAAUCAUUUAGCAAGAGGAAUGGAUCCACUCUCUUCGGUUUUAGCUCCAAGAACUUACCAUCAGCUGAUUCCUAACGCAGUACGGUACGAGAACUGGACAGUGCCGACAGGCGAACACUUUGAGGUUCCAGCAGAAACAAGAGCUGCCCUGGAAAAGAAGGGACAUGUACUAGAAAGCCUGGCCGGAGGGACAAUAUGCCAAUUUGUAGUUCAAGAAUUGGAGAGUUCUAAGUCAGGGUAUCUUGUUGCUGUAAGCGAUCCGAGGAAAGGUGGAUUUCCAGCUGGUUUCUGAUGAUGUUGGAAAUGUUUGUACGUAGGCAAUAAGAAUGCUAUCCAUUGUCCCUGCUGAUAUACUUCUACUCGUUCUGAUCAAUAAAUCAAGUCAAGAGUAUUUUUAAUUGAUA